AUGCUAAUAACAUUUAAAAUUUUUAAACAUUAUAGUCUCAUCAAUCAAGCAUUAUCACAAUGUCGUUAUUACCAAUACACACAGUAUAUUGGCAAAAACCAGACACGGUAUUUCUCAACGGAAUCAUCUAAAAAUGUCUUGUCAGAUACAGUGCUAAAUAAAUAUUGUACUGAUGAAGAAAUAAAAUGUUCAGAGAAAAGUUCUGUAUAUCGUUUUGUCCCAUCUAAACCUAUUUGGAAACGAUUCGACGUUGGGGUGCAGCAUGAAUUAGAAGAGGUGAAUAGUAUAUCUGGAACAAAGGAUUGUGUAUCACCUGAUAAACAGGAUAUAUUUUAUAUUGAUCACAGCGCUCUUCCAAAACGAACCCAAUUGGAUAUGAAAGUAGUUAAACUACUUGAACAGAUAUCGCUAAUAAAUUUCAAAGAAGAAAAUUUGAGAACUCUUGAGGAAGCUAUACGCUAUGCUGAUUCAUUGCUAACGAAAGAAGCUUUUCAUGGAACAACUAAUAAUCAAUGUUGGAGUCUAGAUAAUACAGAACCGAUGAUUAGUUUAUGUGAUGAAAUUAAUGUUGGUUCCAAUUGUUUUUUAGAUGAUGACGAUGGUGAUAAUCACAUUGCAUAUAAUUGUAAUCUAGCUACUGAUAUUAUGGAACAAGUACCUGAUAAAUGGGAAGGUUAUAUUGUUGCUCCUUUGGGUAAUAUUCCAGUAGAGCAAAAUGAAUCUAAUCGAGUUCAAGGAGUGACGGUGUAGUUACUCGGUCAACAAAGUGAAUAUAUUCAUAAUUUUGAUGAAAAUAGCAGAAAAGAAACAAAUAUACACGUAUUAACACAGUGUAUACCGUAAUAAUAAAAUAAAAAUGAGAGUAACAAUGUGGUUUCUUUUUCAUGAUCCUAUGUUAAUCGUAAAGAUUAACGGGUCUAUCGUAGGCAUUAUCGAAGCACAUGAUACUGACUUUAAUCUGAUUCUGAAUACUGACAACGGAUGAAUACGAAUUUUUAAAACUACCUUUAUUCCCACUAAACAAUUUAAUGGCUAUCUGCACUUUGUAGCUUAAUAGACAACGCCUUGGUGCCUAAAGCGACCGGUUUCGCAUUUUUGUCUGAAUGUUCGGCUAAGGAGCCCUAGAUAGGAUGAAACGCACUUGGAACGAUCCAAAUAUCUU